AUGCCCGUGGAAGAAAAAUUUAAAGCCAUGAUAUCCUCGUUAUAACGAGAUUUCAUUUUACAAUUAAAUUUAAAUCGAAAAAUGAGUGAAAUACUAAUAAGCCAACAUAAGUGAUGAUAUUUACAAAGGAAACCAGGGUCAAAUCCACCCGAGACCCACUCAUCCAAUGACCCGUCUGAUUUAUAUGGGUAAUACAACUAAACCAACUAAACCAACAAAAUCCCUAAAAGCAAACGCGAUUUCUGAUCGAAAUCGCUUAUCUCACCUCUUUUUUUCUCUUCCUCUUUAUCUCUAUCGCGAAAGAGAAACUAUGACAAGAGGCUAAGACGAUUCCUCCUCCUUCGCCUCUCCCCCAGCUCUGCUCGAUCUCCACUCUUCUCUCCUGCCGCUUCUCUACCGCCGCCGCCGUUGUCUGCUUAAACCAAUCACCUGACGUAUCCGAUACAAUGAGCAAUCAUGUAAGUGGUAUACCUGGUAGUCCGGAAAAGAGCUACAAGAUGAUGUAUAGCUAUUUGUACAUGUUAAAGCAAGUGAAUCCAGGAACAAAAACUUGUGUGAAAUUGGAUGAUGCAAGUAAAUUCAAGUACCUCUUCAUAGCUUUGGGAGCUUGCAUUGAAGGGUUUGCAUUUAUGAGGAAAGUGAUAGCUGUGGAUGCGACAUCGCUGAAGAACAAAUAUGGUGGUGUUCUAGUUUUCGCGGAAGCUCAAGAUCCUAAUGGUCAAAGUUAUCCACUUGCGUUUGCAGUACUAGAUAGUGAGAAUCUUACUAGUUGGACUUGGUUUUUCGAGAUGCUUAAAAGUGUUAUACCAGACUCUUCUGAACUGGUUUUCAUGAGUGAAAGAAAUCAGAGUCUGAUCUUCGCUAUAGGAAGCGUGUUUCCAGAGGCUCACCAUGGGCAUUGUUUAUGGCAUUUGAAGGAAAAGGUGAAAUGGCAUGCUGGUAACGUCAACAAGGUUAUAGUCGGACAUAAAUUUAUGGAGUUGGGCAGAUAUUACACGGUGGAUGACUUCAACUCUGCUUACGACUCAUUUGAAAAAAGAUAUCCUGCUGUGUACAAGUAUGUGCAGGAACAUACUGAAAAGGACAAAUGGGCAAGAGUUUUUUUCCCACGUGACAGGUACAACUUCGAUACAAUCAACAGUGUGGAAUCAAUGAAGAGCGUGUUUAAAGAGGCAACGACGUGGGCAUUAAUACCAAUGUUGGAUUGUAUCGUCAGGAAAUUCUCUGAUUGGUUCACUCAACGGAAGGAAGCUGUUUCUAGAUCAAUCGAUACAAGCCUGGUGCCUCUGGUUGAGAACUACUUGCACGGUCUAUGGGAUGUUGCACAAAAGCUAUCUGUACGGGAGAUUAAUAGUUAUGAGCUUAAGUACGAGAUCACUGACACUGCUGGAAAGAUGUUUUGGGCGAGCUUGGUUGAAAAAUCUUGUACUUGCAAGGUGUGGAAUUAUGAAAAGUUUCCUUGCCUGCACGGACUGGCAGCUUACAUCUAUUUCACUACGAAUGUUGAUGGCGGCCUUAAUAUCCAUGAGCUGUGCUCAAAAUACUAUUGGACGGAAUUGUGGGCUUUGGCGUAUGACAGGACACUUUGUGUUGUGCCCGACAUGUCUUCUUGGAAUGUACCAGAUCAGAUUAAGGAGGUGAAGAUCAUACCUCCGGAUCGCAUCAGGAGGAAGGGAAGGAAAAGAGUUGGAUGAAUUUGAAGUGAUGAAUUUGGAGUGAUGAAUUUAGCUACUUUAUCGUGUUGUAUGCUUCGGAAAACUUUAUUUUGUUGUACUUUAACUUUAAGUGUUUUGUUCGAGAACUAUGGAUUACUACGGAAAACUUUGGUAUUACUACGGAAAACCAGUAAUCUUAACACAACAUCACAUUAAUUAGGAGAUAGUCUUUAACACAACAUCACACAAUUCCACAAAUCCAAACAUAAGGCUUAUUGCAGAAACUAAAGGAGAUCUGAUCUCAAACUAAAGACACAAAUCCAAACAACAUAAGGCUUCUCAUUUACGGGUAAGAAGGUCCUUAAGCUGAGCAAUUUCUUCAGCCAUUUUGUGCAUCUCUUCAGCCAUUUUGUCCACAUCCUGCCUUAAGGAGCGAACCUCUUCCUCAACCCCGAGAACCCAUGGUUGACGG